AUGGCAUUCUACAGCUCCAGCUACUACGAGACUGAUGAUCAUGGUGAGUAUUAUUUAACCCCUUAUGCUGAUGAUCUUUCUGCUCCACUUCAACCAGAUCAAGGGCCAACAAUAUCUUAUUCUAGCUAUGAACCAAGCUUUCAAAACUUCCUUGAGUAUAAUCCAACCCCAUAUUUUCAUGCUUUUCAUUCGUACUCUGCCUCUCCUUCUUGUAGCAAGCCAAUAUCCAUUGAAUACAACCCAAAGUUUUAUGAGCAGAGUUAUGAUACUCAAUUCUUGAUCUCUUACUCUGUAUCUGAGUUUAAUGAGCCUGGUUUUGAAGAAUAUGAUCCUACACCUUAUGAUGGUGGCUUUGAUCUUGCUCAAGUGUAUGGCAAGCCCCUUUCACCUUCAGAUGAAACUUGUUAUCCUUUGAAUGGUGGAUCUGUGUCUGUCACACCAUUGGGUGGUAAUAAAGAGCAAAUUAAUGAGCAAGCAGCAAAACCCAUCAAUGGAAGCCAACCAAUCCAGGCUAUUGAAGAAGAGCAGAAGCAGCACCAAGAGAGCAGGGAAGAUCAGCCAAUUCAAGAGAGCACUGACCAGGGAAAGCCUGAUCAUCAAGUUGAGGAAGUUGAAGAAAGUAAGGGAAGUGACCAUGAACACAAUCUUGGGUCUGUAAGCCAUGGAUAUGAGAAGCAAGCUCAUCAAAUUCCUAGUGGUUAUGGAUUGGAAGCCAUGGACAUUUGUGAGAGUUUAUUUGGCUACUGGCCUUGCCUGUCUCGUGAUUUUAAGAGAGGGAAUGAUACUGGUCAAGGGUUUUCUGGGGAGGGAAGAUACGGCAACCCAUGGGAAGGAACUGCAGAUUAUCUUUUUGGAAGCUCAAAUCCAUAUGGAGAAAGAAGAGAUGAAGAGAGUUACUAUGGGGGAUCUGUUUAUGCCUAUGAAAGACAUUAUCUAGAACAGCCUCAGAAUAGGCAGGGUUGA